AAGCAGCAGCAGCAGCGCCACAGAAAGUGUCCCACGGAUCUCCAGACUCCUGCGUCCGUGUGGGUGAGCGCUGCUUCCCGGGGAUAUUGCGCUUCUGGAGCCAGCUCGGAGCGGAAGCUGCCUCCUGGAUCUGUUGGGGGACUUUCACGGGACCACGGACCAACACGGCGUUUGAACCCUCCACUCCGCGCAGACGGCGGCCGUUUUCGUGCCUUAGAACGGGACUUCAUGUGAGUCGAUCAUGAGGAAGAGUUUCUUCCGAGCGCACCACUUCACGGACGCGGCUCGCUCGUGCGCGUAAGAAGGAAGAUCUGUGUGCACUGCAAGUGUCGCCCAGAGGAGCAUGCAGUGACAGCCAUGCCUGUAGAAAUGGAGAAGACGGUCACCAAGUUAAUGUACGACUUCCAGAGGAACUCCACCUCGGACGAUGACUCUGGAUGUGCCCUGGAGGAGUACGCCUGGGUGCCGCCGGGACUCAAACCCGAACAGGUUCAUCAGUACUACAACUCGCUGCCCGAGGACAAGGUGCCCUACGUCAACAGCCCAGGGGAGAAAUACCGGAUCAAGCAGCUGCUCCAUCAGCUUCCACCCCACGACAACGAGGUGCGUUACUGCAACAGCCUGGAUGACGAGGAGAAGCGAGAGCUCAAGCUGUUCAGCAACCAGAGGAAGCGGGAGAACCUGGGCCGCGGCAACGUGCGUCCGUUCCCCGUCACCAUGACCGGAGCGAUCUGUGAGCAGUGCGCAGGCCAGAUAAACGGGGGCGACAUCGCCGUCUUUGCCUCGCGGGCCGGCCACGCCGUGUGCUGGCACCCGGCCUGCUUCGUGUGCAGCAUGUGCAGCGAGCUGCUGGUGGACCUCAUCUACUUCUACCAGGACGGGAAGAUCUACUGCGGCCGGCACCACGCGGAGCGGCUGAAGCCGCGCUGCACCGCCUGCGACGAGAUCAUCCUGGCAGACGAGUGCACCGAGGCCGAAGGCCGGCACUGGCACAUGAAGCACUUCUGCUGCUUCGAGUGUGAGACGGUGCUGGGAGGCCAGCGCUACAUCAUGAAGGAGGGGAGGCCGUACUGCUGCUCCUGCUUCGAGUCUCUCUACGCUGAAUACUGCGACUCCUGCGGCGAGCACAUCGGCAUCGACCAGGGCCAGAUGACGUACGACGGGCAGCACUGGCAUGCCACCGAGGGCUGCUUCUGCUGCGCUCGCUGCAAGCGCUCCUUGCUGGGUCGCCCCUUCCUGCCCAAGCAGGGCCAGAUCUUCUGCUCACGCUCGUGCAGCAUCGGCGAGGAGCCCAACGGGUCCGACUCGUCGGACUCCGCCUUUCAGAGCGCCCGCUCCACCAGGGAGUCCAGGCGCAGCUCCAAGACUGGCAAGAGUGGCGGUGGGGAGAGGUUCUCCGGUGAGGUGGACCCGCUCUCCAUCCAAAUGGACCUUCUGAGUCUCUCCAGCCAGACGCCGAGUCUGACACGAGAGCCACCGGCCUGGCAGAACCAAAAACAAGCUGGAAAUGACUUCAGCUAUGAGUCGCCGUCCGAGCAGAACCCGAGCCCCCUUCAGCUGCUGAGCCAGUGCAACGUGAGGACGUCCUUCAACCAGACCUGCUCCGGACAGAACAAUCAGCCGCAGGAUCACAGACUCAAGGAGAGCGGAGGGCUCAGGAGGCCUCCGGUCUCGGCCAUGAAGGGCCACUCGGUGAGCGAGACUUGGUUCCAGCAGCCAGGACUGGAGGACUACUACCCGCCCAAGCUGCCCACGCAGAAGAGCUUCACAGAGGUGUCCCAGUGCACACAGCACAGCAACGGCUUCUCCACGGACAAGCGCUCCAUCAGUCUGCACGGCUUCCAGAGGGAGCGCGAGCCUGGGCCCACGGCUCCUCAGGUGGCCCGGAGCAGGAACCCCAUCAAUGCACUUAGCUUUCCUGACCAACUGACCCCGCUGGACCAGACCCCCAGAGGCUCCAUGGAGUCUCUGGCUCUGUCUAAUGCGACAGGAAACUCUGCGGACGGAGGAGGCAAACGUCAGGAGCACCUCUCCCGCUUCUCCAUGCCCGACCUCAGCAAAGACUCUGGGAUGAACGUGUCGGAGAAAAGCAACAUGGGAACGCUCAACUCCUCGGUGCAAUUCCGGAGCUCAGAGUCUCUCCACAGCCUCAACGGGCCGCAGCCCUACAUGGAGAUGGACCCGCCUCGGUCGGCCCCGUACCAGCUGCAGUACUGCGAGCCCAGCGGCAUGAGCGGGUCUCAUUUGUCACCGGGCUUCAGCUUCCAGGAGGAGGACCGGGUCAGCUUAGUGAGCAGCGGCAACGCCGCCCGCCUGCCCCCCAUCAGCGAACGCAGAGCGGACAGCGGGAUCGGAAGCGGCGCCAGGCGGGGACCCAGCGUCAGGAUAGACGCGCCAGAAGAGACGCCGCAGCGGCGCCGGCAUCACCACCAUCGCUCCCGGAGGUCUCGCCGCUCCCGCUCGGAGAAUGCGCUCAACUUGGUGGCGGAGCGGCGAGUGAGACCCCAGGAGCGUCCACAGCUGUGCGUGCGCGAAGAUUACGACCGUUUCCCGCCACCGAGGAGCGCCAGGGAUCAGUACGGAGGAGGCGGGAGGCAUCAACCUCAGAUGUUCCGGCAGUGCCCCAGGACCACCUCGGAAGUGACUCUGCAGAACCCCGGGGCGAUCCGCCGCUCGGGCCUGAACCAGUACUCCUGGGACGACUACGACGACGACUGGUGCUCCACCUGCUCCUCGUCCUCCGAAUCAGAGGACGAGGGCUAUUUCCUGGGGGAGCCCAUUCCCCGGCCGGUCCAGCUGCGCUACCUCAGCAACCAGGAGCUGGUCCACAAGUACAACAACGCAGGACUGGGUCGACCCAACCGCACCGGACAGUUGCACAAACGCAGGAAAAGCAAGAACUGCAUCAUUUCCUAACAUUUGAUCUUUUAUUUUGUCCACUUCAUGAACAUGAAAGUGCAUCAGUGUUUUUUUUUUUCUUUUUUUUUUUUUUCCUCCCUCCGUUUGCAAAUACGCCCCAAAACUUCUUUCUAAAGCUGACGUGCAAUCUCUCUUGGAUCCAAGCGUCUGAGCGGCGUGAGGACUCGGGCUUCUGUUUUUGUUGCAGUGUGACCUCCAGAAUGGUGCUUUAGCUUGUGUGUACAUAGAAGAAUGACCUAAUAAUGUCACUUAAGUUAAGGAAGUGGGUGUAAAUAUGGUUGUAAAUGAGGCCUCACAUAUUUUUAUAUUUUGUAUGGAUAGAAUCAUUUAUGUAUUAAAUAUCUAUAAUGUAGAAACGUCGUAUGCAUGUAUGAUUUGGCCGGAGGACAAACUCACACUCAACUGUUGGAUUUAUUUUAAUGUGCUGUAAAAGAUGCCCCAAAACUGAUUUAUUAAA